UUCAGUCCAGCUGCUCAAGCUUCCAUUGUAAAGAUCCACAAUGACUUGAGAUCUGAAAUCGCUAAAGGAUUAUUUUUGGCUAAAGGAAUUGAGAAACCUCCAGCAUCUGAUAUGAUGAAAAUUUCUUGGGAUGAUAGCAUUGCUGAAUCAGCUCAAACAUUCAUUGAAAAAUGCCCAAUGAAUCACACAAAAACUGAGUACGGCGAGAAUAUGCACAGAUCUUGGUCAUCCAAAGAGAUUACCGAUCUUGAUAUUUAUGGAACAAAAGCGGCAGAGUCCUGGGCUGGUGAAUUCCAGAAAAAGGGAUGGGAAUCUAAUAUUUAUACAAAAGAUACCGAAAAGUCGGGAAUCGGGCAUGCAACCCAGAUGGUUUGGUCUCAAGCCUACUUAAUUGGAUGUGGAGUUAAGGAUUGUGGUCCUGAUAAAACAAAAAAGAACAUGCAUAAGAUUACAGUAGUGUGUCGAUAUAUAGAAAAAGGAAACAUCAAAGAUACCAACAUCUACAAUGAAGGAAAGACGUGUUCUGCGUGCCCAUCUUCAGCAAAAUGCGAGCCUGAAUCCGGUCUUUGUACUUAA